AUGCAUUUGAUCCCCAAAUUAACGUCAGUCGUUAUUCCCAACUUCAGAGGACAAACUGGUAAUUUCGGUACUCAUGAUGUCAGCAAGAGCCCCAAAUCUCAGCUAGGGGAGCUCAGUGACAUUUUUAUAACCUUGACGGGUGUCAGUGGAAGUGUCAGAAACCUAAGGGAAGAGCAUGUGGUGAAGUCAUUGGUUGCAGUAGGAUUUAACAAUGUCCAGCUGCAUGAUCAAACAUCAUUGGGCAAUACCAAUGAUAGCACUGGCCUCUCGACUGUCUGUCCGUGGUUUUCAGAUGCAGUGACUGCCGCAACUGACAAGAAGCACGGGAGUAAGCAGGUUAUCAGUGUUACUCCGCGGCUCUACGACUACAUAUUAAAUAAUGUUAGAGAGUCAAAGAUAUUGCGUGAACUUAGAGAGGAGACUUCAACCAUGCACGGUAGUCAGAUGCAGGUUUCUCCUGAUCAAGCCCAACUACUCAGUAUGCUUGUCCAAAUCCUGGGAGCUAAAAGGUGCAUUGAAGUUGGGGUUUACACUGGAUAUUCAUCUCUGGCUAUUGCUUUGGCCCUGCCAGAAGGAGGUGAGUUAAUUGCAUGUGAGAGAGAUGCAAAAUCACUAGAAGUUGCCAGAAGAUACUACAAGCGUGCUGGUGUUUCACACAAGGUUGAUGUGAAACAUGGACUUGCUGCAGAUACUUUGAAGUCUAUGAUUUUGAACGGUGAAAGUUGCAGUUAUGACUUUGCUUUUGUGGACGCUGAGAAGCGAAUGUAUCAGGAAUAUUUCGAGUUGCUGCUACAGCUGGUAAGAGUUGGAGGGGUUAUUGUGCUUGAUAAUGUCCUCUGGCAUGGGAAAGUUGCUGAUCCAUUGGUAAAUGAUGCAAAGACUAUUAGCAUAAGGAAUUUUAACAAGAAUUUGAUGGAGGAUGAGCGUGUAAGCACUAGUAUGGUUGCAAUUGGUGAUGGCAUGAUAAUUUGUCGGAAGAGAUAGAUAAACAAAGGAAACACUCUUUGCCCACAUGCAAAUGCAACAAGCGGAAGAAACUUAUUAUUGUGAGAAUUAGCUUUAUUUGGGAAGUGGUUACAAGUCUUUAUAACAUAGCUACGAUUGUUUCACUGGCAAACCACCAAGUAAAAUGUCGAAGUCCCUUACAUUUAGCUUCAGGUAGUGUCAUGGUUCAGCUUUAAUCGGAUACUAGUGCAUGAAGCACACCCAAUGUGUGUACGACUAAUGAAAAUAAAAACAUACGUUAAAAAAGUAAUUUUUUGUUGAAAU